AUGUCAUAUACUGGUUCCUGUCUCUGUGGUCAAGUCACAUUCAAACUCAAUGGAGAACCAUCCCGUUCAUUCAUCUGCUACUGUGUCGAUUGUCGUAAAGGUUCUGGUCAUUUAGGUCAAUUCAUCAGUCAAUACGCUACUGACAAAGUUGAAAUUAAAGAUCCAAACCAUCAAAUUAAGGAAUAUGUAGUUGAAAAAACUAAGAGUGGUCAUCCAAAGAGAAAAGAAUUUUGUGGUGGUUGUGGAUGUACCAUUCGUACAUUACCAAUGAAAUUUAACGGGGAAGUUAGCAUGAUUAGACAAUCUUUGUUGGAUGGUGAGUUUGUCAAUUGUGCUCCUCAAUCGGCUAUUUUUGGGGAUGAAAAGAAGAGAUAUACCGAAGGUACAGAAUCUGAGUUUUAUUAG